GGGCUACACUCUUCGAGAGAAAGCAUUUUUCUUAUUUUUAUUAAAUUAAAGAAAAUCCAAAUUAAUCCGUUCUUGAUUUUUUCCUCCAUUCCCGUUUUUCAGUUAUGCGGUUAAGAAGCUAAGCUGGCCAGCACUAAUUUAAGGUGAAGAGGAGAGGAAUUUAGAUCAAGCAGCGCAGUUUUUGUCAGUUGGAGUUGAUCACAGAGCAAACCCCUUUCCUCGACUGCGAGCUUCCACUGUUCCUCCUUCGAUUCCUCAGGUUGAAGAUUAGUCUGCUGCGAAGGAGACUUGGAACCAGUGGAAUUGAUCCCUCAUUUUGAUAUUGAGGAGAAGGGAAGAUGAUUUCUGCAGAAGAGAGUGAUGAUGCGGCUCAAGUUCCGUCAACGCCAAAAAAGAUAUACAAGGAUCCUGAUGAUGGCCGCCAAAGGUUAUUGCUUGAAUUGGAGUUCGUUCAGUGUCUAGCUAAUCCAACCUACAUUCAUUAUUUGGCUCAGAAUCGUUAUUUUGAAGAUGAAGCCUUCAUUGGUUACUUGAAAUACAUUCAAUACUGGCAGCAGCCGGAGUACAUAAAAUUUAUAAUGUACCCUCAUUGCCUUUACUUUCUUGAACUUCUCCAAAAUGCAAAUUUCCGUAAUGCGAUGGCACAUCCAGGAAGCAAGGAAUUGGCGCAUAGGCAGCAAUUCUUUUUCUGGAAAAGCUACAGGAAUAAUCGGUUGAAACACAUCUUACCUCGGCCUCUUCCUGAACCCACUGCAGCACCUCCAGCCUCAGCCCCACCUCCAGUGCCUGUCCCCACUACAACUGUUGCUGUUGCUCCUCCUUCUGCUUCUGUUCCUGCUCCUGCAUCAGCCCUUUCUCCUAUGCAAUAUGCCUCGUCGCCUGCCUCUGCUCUCCAGAAAAAUGACAUAAGGAAUACUGGGGUUGACCGGAGGAAGAGAAAGAAAGAAGGUUGAAUUGGGUUCUUGACAUGCUUGGUAAGGUAAGGCAGAUGAUGCUUGCUACAAUCUAGUUGAGGUAAGCUCUAUGCCCUUACAUGUUUAUUUGUUGAAGAGAUUAAAGUGGCACAAGCAAACUAAUUAUUGUUAAUGAAAAUCAUUUGAUAUAAAGUAACAUGUGAUUUGACAUUUGUAAAUUUCUAAGAUAUAUUAUGAAAAUGAAAAUGACGCUUGAUUAUUGUUGUGUGCAGCUAAGUUUAGUAAGAAGAAAAAUGGUAGUAUUGCAAUCCGAAUAAUUCCUUCCCCUUUCGAAUACUGUACAAUCCACAUGUAUUGAAGGGAAAUGGUGCCUCACUGCCUCCUAUUCUUAUAGAUGAAAAGAGGAGGAGCUGUAAAAAGUCUGUUCUUCUCCUACUCAAGCAGCAUGUUAGACACAUAUUUUGUUGUAUCCAAGUGUCUGGAUUAAGUCUGCUUUUAGUAAGGCAGGCUACCCAGUCUGUCACCUGAAAUAUAAAAUCUCCUCUCCUGCCACACUGUGUUUCUUAUGAGGACAACUUGACCUAGGUUUCUCUUUUAGCAGAUUCAGCAACUUGCUGAGACCUUUUUAAGUACUUAAUAUUCUUAUAUUUGUUAACUUUUAGUUGAAAUAUGGCUCAUUUUAAAUUCCCGCUGGUUUUUGUUUUAACCUUGCUUGAAAAAGAAAUUUUUGAAAUUUAAAUCAUGUGGCUGUUGGCCACAUAUUUCCUCAAAAGCAAUAAAUUGAGAUCUCAACUUCUUGAAUAGUUGAACUUCUUCAAUUUGUUCCUUUUUGUGAAUAACUAUUCAAACUGAAUUGGAUUGUCCAAGUUUGGAUUUACGUAUAGGUUUCUGAUGUACCGUGGUUUUUUUCUGUGCUAGAUGCUUAUGUUGGUUUAUGGGUAAUGAUGAUAGUUGCUACUACACCUCUCAGAAUGAGAAUAAGUUCUAUGAUCAGAUUGGCUACUAUCUGAACCCUUUGGAAUUUUUAAUUCAAUCCAUGAAUUGGGAUAUAGUUUUUAAUUAUUUCCUUUGUAAUCAUUGUGGUCCGCACAGCCUUUUCUCAUUCAUGCUUCAUUCUUGUUGGAAUUGUAUAGGGUCAUUCAUGUUAUGUUUCACUAUAAUUUUCUCUCCCCUCCCCCUUUUUUUUUUUUUGGGGGGGGGGGGGGGAGGGAGAAAGAAAAGAAAAGAAGACGUUUAGUUGUGUUCUAUGAAUUUUUGGCUAUUAAUUCUUGUUGGCAAGGCCAGUACCCUGGAGGAAAUCAUGUUGAUGCUGACAAUACUGAGAGGUCUGGUAUAUUCUCUGCUUCAUUCAGGAAGUAGAGAAUUAAGUCAGUGCUUUGCAUUACGACAACCCAAAGUUCAGGUAAUUUUGGAUAGGGUAGUUAUCCAUGUAACAUCGAAGGGUGAUAUUUCCAAAAAUCAUUUGACAAAUCUGAGCCAUCCAUAUCUAUGCUUUCUUUUUUAAUCUAAACUGUCUAUUCUCACUUAGAGUUGGGAGAGUGCACAAUAAUGUCUAAAGUACUAGUACACAUACAUGGACAUACAUGGGAUUUGUGCCAAUAAAAAACGGGGUACUUGAUUGAAUUAGACUCUGAAAUAUGACACAUUGCUAAUCUAGAUCAUGUCCUCUCUAUCCCAUGAUCGGAUUGUACAUAUCAUUUGUCCACAUUGUAGAGUAAAUGCUUUGUGAUAUUUGGAAAAAUAACAUAUCUUUGUGACAAUAAUAAUUCAUCUUUUGGAUAGUAAUACUCUUGUCAUUGUGCUGUAAUCUGUAUGUAAUUUGUGUGAUCGACAGACUCUUAUUUUAUCAGAUUAUUUAAGUCAUUCUGUGCUGUGAAUCUCAUGUUUUGGCAGAACAAUGAUUACAUGUGUUGUUUUUGAAAAAUUCAAUGCUGCACCCAUUAGGUUCAUAUUGGACAAUUCCAGUUCCAUUCUUCAUUAACCUGUACCUGACUGCCAAGAUCUCCUGUAAUGAAUACCACUGAUGAUCUCACAUUUUUGGAUGACCUGUUUCGUGUGCAACUUUAGUCCAAUAUAAAUAUUGGUUUUGAGAUUCAUGUUGGUACUCCUGCGUUUUUUGCAGGCUUUCUAUCGAUGGGAGACUGGAGUUAAACGGGUUUCUAAAGCUGAACUCUUGCAGAGAGCAUGUUCAUAACAAGCCCUGGUAGACAUUGUCUCUGUGCAAGUCCUCCUUGGCUUUCCAAUCCAGUUGUUUACGAUUUGUGUCUCAGUUGACCAAUGCAAUUCAGAAAUUAUGGAUGUGCUUGUAUCAGCUGUUUUAUGAAGGCUAAUGUACUAUCUGGAAGUGGUUGUUGAAUCACUUUAUUUGGGAUUAUGUGAAAGAACGUAUAUGCAAUACCAGUUAGUUCUAAUAAAAUUUGCUUUUGACAUAGAAA